AUGAGCCAAGGCCGUGGUGGCGCGCUGCGUCCGGGCUUCCGCAAGGUUCUGGCACAAAGACUCUUCGAGCUUGAGCAUACGACAAGAGAUGAUGUGACGCAGCUGUACAAUGACCAGGAACGGGCCGCCUUCGAGCGCGGGUAUCGGGCUGCCGUGCAAGAUGUCCUUGUGCUUGUCGGUGCUGGGCUUGCUGGUGCGGCCUUCUUGACCGUGUGCCUGUCCCCAGCUCUAUACCAGAAGGUUCGCGAAAAGGUGCGACCCUGGGUUGUGAGACAGGUGGAGCUGGGACGCCCGUGGGUAAUUUGGAUUCAAAGAUGCAGGCAUCCGCUGUUGGACCGAGUCCACCUCUUCGCAGCCAACUCCUGCGGGAUCCUCUUCUACAUCACUGCCUUGCCGUUUUUGUUUUGGGCUGGCGAGCUGCAGCUGGCGCGACAGCUUACAUCGUUCAUGGCCACCUGCAUCUAUGUGGGAAAUGCGGUGAAGGACGCCAUCAGCGCCCCGAGGCCCGACUGGAAGAAAGGGGUUCGUCUCGUCAGUGACGGCGCCAGUGAUGGGUCGUGUACGGAUGACAUGGAAUACGGUUUACCCAGUACUCAUACGAUCAAUACGGUCUGUAUGUGGCUGUAUAUUUUCUACUUCUACGCAAGCUCUACAAGCUACGGGGAUGGCAUCUCAGUGUAUUGGAACACCUGGAGGUCUCCGGCCUUGCAGAUGAUGUUUUGUGUCAUCCUGAUCUGGUGCACCUUCAUAAUGUAUGGUCGGCUGUACCUUGGAAUGCAUUCGCCAAUCGAUGUGGCCGUCGGAUUUGGCAUUUCCAUGGUCUUGCUUCAUGUCUAUGCUGCGGUGGAUGAUUUCAUCGAUGCAUGGAUGACGGCGACAACCGCGUUUGUCCCAGCAUAUCAACUGGCUUUUGCAGUGGUCCUCUGCUGGACAUAUCCACAAGGCUUGCAGCGGACUCCUUCGUACAACUACGCCGUUUACUUCACAGGUGUUUGCUUGGGAGUUGUCACCGGCGUGUGGCGCUGCCCGCAUCAUCAUAGCGUCGCAGCAGCAGAUGCUAUCAAAGCAGUGCGAGGCCCGCUGGCUAGCACUGGCUUCAUGAUCUUCGUAGGACGCAGAUUCUUGGUGGGACUGGUAAUGGUGCUGGUUUUGCGGGCAGCAAGCAAAGAGAUGUUGAAGCUGCUGGUACCGCGUGUUUUCCAGAUCCUCGGGAUACCUUGCUCGGAUCACGAGGCCAAGCAAAAGGAAGAAAAGGACCCCGUGGGCUACAACGUUCUCACACCAACGCGACUUUUGAACUAUGCCGUGGUGGGUUGGACAGUUGUGGAACCAUGCUUUGACCUGUUCGAGUGGCUCAGAAUAUGA